CCAACUUCAGUCGCUCCAGACUCUGUCUGAGCCCCAAGGGAGCCGGAGUGCAGCGACCCGGGGCGGCCACGAAUCCAGGGGUCAGCAUCUGUGGGGCCCCUGGGGGGAGGGGCGCGGACGGGGUCGGCCCCCGCAGCCUCCGCCAGGCCCAGCUUUCUGCGUCUCGCGGCCUCGGCUCCUCUCCGCCCCCCGCCCUUUCCUUCCCUCCCAGCAGCGGCCUCCCUCCUCCUCCGGCCCCCCCCCACCCCGCCCGCCACCUCCCCCCAGUUUCUCAUUCCUGCCACUAGCGCGCUCGGCGGCUCAUUCCGCGGCCGCCGCCAGCCGAGGGGAGCGUCGCGAGCAGAUGCCGCGGGGGCCGCUCGCAGCCGCCGCCGACUUGUGAAUGGGACCCGGACUGGGGCCGGGGUUGACACCGCUGCGCUCGCCUUGCGCCAGGGACCGACGGCCCCGAGCUCGCGCCCACCCUCCAGGGCCCCAGUUUCCUCAUCUAUACUUUUGGCAUGACAAGAACAUAUACAGAGCCAAGUGAACACUUCAUAAAUGUCAGCGACAACCCUGUGAAAUCACUGUAUUUUCGGCUCAGUGGACCCGUGACACUCGUUCCUGUUGUCAUUUGUUGAGUGACCAAUCAGAUGGGUGGAGUGUGUUAUAGAAAUUGGCAGCAAGUAUCCAAUGGGUGAAGAAGAAGCCGACUGGGGAAGUGGGCAGCCCUGACCGUGAUGUGCUCAGCCAGCAGAGACAUUCCAUUCCGAGAGAGGUCUGCCUGACACGUCUGGGAGGCCACCAUCAGCCAGGCCGCCACAGGGUUGGUGAAAGGGGUGACAGCCGCAUUCUCCUGUGCCUACCACAUAACCAAAAAUGAAGGAGCACUACUGUUUACAAGCCGCCCUGGUGUGCCUGGGCGUGCUGUGCCACAGCCAGGCCUUCACCACCGAGCGACGGAGCCACUUGCGACCCUCGUUCCACGGGCACCACGAGAAGGGCAAGGAGGGGCAGGUGCUGCAGCGCUCCAAGAGAGGCUGGGUCUGGAACCAGUUCUUCGUGAUCGAGGAGUACACGGGGCCUGACCCCGUGCUCGUGGGCAGGCUUCAUUCCGAUAUUGACUCUGGUGAUGGGAACAUUAAAUACAUUCUCUCAGGUGAAGGAGCCGGAACCAUUUUUGUGAUUGAUGACAAAUCAGGGAACAUUCAUGCCACCAAGACAUUGGACCGGGAAGAGAGAGCCCAGUACACGCUCAUGGCACAGGCGGUGGACAGGGACACCAACCGGCCGCUGGAGCCACCGUCGGAGUUCAUCGUCAAGGUCCAGGACAUUAAUGACAACCCGCCCGAGUUCCUGCAUGAGACCUAUCAUGCCAACGUGCCUGAGAGGUCCAACGUGGGGACAUCGGUAAUCCAGGUGACAGCUUCAGAUGCAGAUGAUCCCACCUAUGGAAACAGCGCGAAGUUAGUAUACAGCAUCCUAGAAGGACAACCCUACUUUUCAGUAGAAGCACAGACAGGUAUCAUCAGAACAGCCCUCCCCAACAUGGACAGGGAAGCAAAGGAGGAGUACCACGUGGUGAUCCAGGCCAAGGACAUGGGUGGACACAUGGGUGGACUCUCAGGGACAACCAAAGUGACGAUCACACUGACUGAUGUCAAUGACAACCCACCAAAGUUUCCACAGAGCGUAUACCAGAUGUCUGUGUCAGAAGCAGCUGUCCCCGGGGAGGAAGUAGGAAGAGUAAAGGCAAAAGACCCAGACAUUGGAGAAAAUGGUUUAGUUACCUACAAUAUUGUUGAUGGAGACGGUAUGGAAUUGUUUGAAAUCACCACGGACUAUGAGACACAGGAGGGUGUGGUCAAACUGAAAAAGCCUGUAGAUUUUGAAACCAAAAGAGCAUACAGCUUGAAGGUAGAGGCAGCCAAUGUGCACAUCGACCCGAAGUUCAUCAGCAACGGGCCUUUCAAGGACACUGUGACGGUCAAGAUUGCAGUGGAAGAUGCUGAUGAGCCCCCCAUGUUCUUGGCCCCAAGUUAUAUCCACGAAGUCCAAGAAAAUGCAGCGGCUGGCACUGUGGUUGGGAGAGUGCACGCCAAAGACCCCGAUGCUGCCAACAGCCCGAUAAGGUAUUCCAUCGAUCGUCAUACUGACCUCGACAGGUUUUUCACUAUUAAUCCAGAGGAUGGUUUUAUUAAAACCACAAAACCUUUGGACAGAGAGGAAACUGCCUGGCUCAACAUAUCCGUUUUUGCAGCAGAAAUCCACAACCGGCAUCAGGAAGCCAAAGUGCCAGUGGCCAUUAGGGUCCUUGAUGUCAACGAUAAUGCCCCCAAGUUUGCCGCCCCUUAUGAAGGCUUCAUCUGUGAGAGUGAUCAGACCAAGCCACUUUCUAACCAGCCAAUUGUUACAAUUAGUGCAGAUGACAAGGAUGACACAGCCAAUGGACCAAGAUUUAUCUUCAGUCUACCCCCUGAAAUCAUUCACAAUCCAAAUUUCACAGUCAGAGACAACAGAGAUAACACUGCAGGGGUGUAUGCCCGGCGUGGAGGCUUCAGUCGGCAGAAGCAGGAUCUGUACCUCCUGCCCAUCGUGAUCAGCGAUGGCGGAGUCCCUCCCAUGAGUAGCACCAACACCCUCACCAUCAAGGUCUGUGGGUGUGAUGUGCAUGGUGUACUGCUGUCCUGCAAUGCUGAGGCCUACAUCCUGAACGCCGGCCUGAGCACGGGGGCGCUCAUCGCCAUCCUCGCCUGCAUCGUCAUUCUGCUGGUCAUUGUAGUGUUGUUUGUGACCCUGAGACGGCAAAAGAAAGAACCACUCAUAGUCUUUGAGGAAGAAGAUGUCCGUGAGAACAUCAUUACCUAUGACGAUGAAGGGGGCGGGGAAGAAGACACAGAAGCCUUUGAUAUUGCCACCCUCCAGAAUCCUGAUGGGAUCAAUGGAUUUAUCCCUCGCAAAGACAUAAAACCCGAGUAUCAGUACAUGCCUAGGCCUGGACUCCGGCCAGCACCCAACAGUGUGGACGUCGAUGACUUCAUCAACACGAGAAUACAGGAGGCAGAUAAUGACCCAACUGCCCCUCCUUAUGAUUCCAUCCAAAUCUAUGGUUACGAAGGCAGGGGCUCAGUGGCCGGGUCCCUGAGCUCCUUAGAGUCUGCCACCACAGAUUCAGACUUGGACUAUGACUACCUACAGAACUGGGGACCUCGUUUUAAGAAACUAGCAGACUUGUACGGUUCCAAAGACACUUUUGACGACGACUCUUAACAAUAAUGGUACAAAUUUGGCCUUAAGAACUGUGUCUGGCAUUCUGAAGAAUCUAGAAGAUAUGUAAACAGGUAUUUUUUUAAAUCAAGGAAAGGCUCAUUUAAAACAAGCAAAGUUUUACAGAGAGGAUACAUUUAAUAAAACUGCAAGGACAUCAAAGUGGUAAAUACUGUGAAGUACCUUUUCUCGCAAAAAGGCAAAUAUUGAAGUUGUUUAUCAACUUCGCUGGAGAAAAAAAACCACUUGGCGUACAAAAUAUUUAAGUGAAGGAGAAGUCUCAUGGUGAACUUACAAUGAAGGGAAAUCGUUUAUGUGUUAUGAACAUCUAAGUCUUUUCUUCUUCUUCUUCUCCUUCUUCUUCUUCUUCUUCUUCUUCCUUUUUUUUUUUUUUUUAUUUGUCAAAGAAGCUUCCAGAAAAUUAGAAAGGACAACAGUUCUGAGCUGUAAUUCCGCCUUAAACUAUGGACACUCUAUAUGUAGUGCAUUUUUAAACUUGAAAUAUAUAAUAUUCAGCCAGCUUAAACCCAUACAAUGUAUGUACAAUACAAUGUACAAUUAUGUCUCUUGAGCAUCAAUCUUGUUACUGCUGAUUCUUGUAAAUCUUUUUCCUUCUACUUUCAUCUUAAACUAAUACGUGCCAGAUAUAACUGUCUUGUUUCAGUGAGAGGCGCCCUAUUUCUAUGUCAUUUUUAAUGUAUCUAUUUGUACAAUUUUAAAGUUCUUAUUUUAGUAUACAUACAAAUAUCAGUAUUCUGACAUGUAAGAAAUGUUACGGCAUCACACUUAUAUUUUAUGAACAUUGUACUGUUGCUUUAAUAUGAGCUUCAAUAUAAGAAGCAACUUUGAAAUAAAAAACAGAUUCUUUUUUAA